CUGUUGUUCCUCGUGCUGCUGCUCCUGACGUUGCCGGUCCUCCAAGUGCUCCAAGGGAUGUUCCCAAAGCGGUGUCUGGCACUCAAACACGGCCUCGUCCGUUUGACUCUGGUGGCUCAAGGACAGACGACGGUCUGACUGCAGGGAGUGGGGCCGGUGCAGGGGGGGGUGCAGGGAGCUACGCAAGGGCCAACGCAGCAAGCAGUGAUGCUUUUGUCAAUAGAGGGCUCAGGGUGUGGACGGAGCGGCGGCGACAGUGGCUGGCAGGGGAGGGGAUGAGGGGCGGGGGAGGGAAACCGGAACGGGCAGGAGGAGUGGGAGGAGUGCGAGGAGAGGGAGUAGGGGCAGUGGGGAGGGGAGGAGGGGCAUCUAGUGCAGCAAGGGAUGAUAAGCAGGGGCUUCAGGAGCGGAGUGAUGGCGGCGACAGGCCGAGGAAUACUGGCACUGUGAUUAAGCCAGGCAGCACGUAUGAGGAUCUGCUCUCAACCAGCCGCCCCUUCCCCCAGCCCAUUCCCCUCCCUGAGAUGGUUCGAUUCCUCAUCCAGGUGUGGGAGCAGGAGGGCCUCUACGAUUGAAUCGACAGACUCCUUCCACAUUCAGUACUGUUUACAUCUUGCAGUGACCAAUGCACAACAGGCAGAUGCUAUAAUGUUGCUGCAGGAGUGAGCUGUUCUUUCGGAGUCCCUCUCUAACUCCAUAUCCCUUGCAAACACCAAAUGUCACACGGUGCAAUAGAGGACGAGAACAACAGCGGGCUUUCCAAAUGAAGCAAUGUUACUCCGCAGUAAAAAACUCCCACCAGU